AGGGGGAGGGGGAGUCCCAGGAGGAGGCAGCGGUCGGGGGCGUCAUAGGGGGGGCAGGCCCUGGAAGGGGUUCGCCCCCUCCCCCCCACGGGCUGCGGGGGGACGCGCGCUGCGUGUGCUGGCUGCAUCGGGAGAGGACGCUGGCGGCGGGAUCUAAAUUGCGAUGAUGGAAAGUGGGGGGCGGCCUCCAACUGGCCAGCUUAUACUGCUGGCCACUAGUUCGGCUGUCACGGCAAUUCUGUACUCCAUUUACAGGCAGAAAUCUAAAGUUGCUCACAGCCUCAAGGGAGCAAAAAAAGUGAAUCUAGAUCAAGACUUGAAGAACAUUCUUAUGGAAGCACCAGGAAAAUGUGUCCCAUAUGCAGUUAUUGAAGGUGUUGUGCAGUCUGUUAAGGAAACUCUCAACAGCCAAUUUGUGGACAAUUGCAAGGGGGUAGUUCAGAGGCUGACACUCCAGGAGCAUAAAAUGGUGUGGAAUCGAACAACCCAUAUCUGGAAUGACUGUGAAAAGAUCAUCCACCAGAGAACCAAUGCAACACCCUUUGAGUUGGUGCCUCACGAGGACGGUGCCAACGUCGCAGUAAGGGUGGUAAAGCCCCUGGAUGCUGCAGAACUCAGCUUGGAGACGGUGUACGAAAAGUUCCAUCCCUCUAUUCAGUCCUUCACGGAUGUGAUUGGCCACUACAUUAGCGGCGAACGUCCCAAAGGCAUCCAAGAAACUGAAGAGAUGCUGAAGGUCGGAGCAACGUUAACGGGAGUGGGAGAGUUGGUCCUAGACAACAACAUUAUCAAGCUGCAGCCCCCCAAGCAAGGGUUGCAGUAUUAUCUGAGCAGCCUGGAUUUUGACUCCUUGCUGAAGAAGCAAGAAUCAAAUGUCAAACUCUGGAAAAUCCUGACGGUCAUUUUCGGCUUUGCAACCUGUGCCACACUCUUCUUCAUUCUGCGGAAGCAGUACCAGCACUUUCGGGAAAAGCAGCGCCUGAAACAAAUGCAAGAUGAAUUCAGGCAGACUCAGGAGCAGUUAAGGCAUGACAUGAACACGGAGGGUGGGGAGACUGUAAAAAACGCCUGUGUCGUCUGUCUGAGUAACAUGAAAUCAUGUGUCUUUCUCGAGUGUGGGCACAUCUGCUCCUGUGACGAGUGCUACCAGGCACUUCCAGACCCAAAGAAAUGCCCUAUUUGUAGGCAGGCAAUUUCUAGGGUGGUUCCUUUAUAUAACAGCUAAAAGGUCAUGGCUUUGGAGCAAUUUGCAAAAAUGUUUCCCCUCUUAAGGGGUUUUCUCAAGUCCUGAUUGGCCUGUCUGACAGUUUGGGCAGGUGCUGUUCCUGGGAGGGAUUUGUUGGGAGAAGAGUGAGUGGGUGAGACUGCCUUGUGAUCCAAAAUGCAACAGUAGAAUUUUACUGCAGAGGCAGAACUGACGUAAAGGUUAUAACUUAAUCAAGAAUUGGUCCUAAAGGGAGCAAAUCCAGCUAAUGAGUGCAUUGAGUUUCCUUUAGACUGCACCUUGUAGACUUUGAGGAUGGUUUUUGCAGUCUCUAGAAAUGAAGUUUUUAUUAAGAUGGUGAGUUAAUAUUUCUCUUUCUGCACUUCUAAUCCCUUGUGUUUAUUACAGUUGGUAUCUACAUAUCUUUUGAUUUUUGUACUUUCUGUUAUUGGUUUAUUGUAACAGGAUCUGCAGUCACUGUAGAUUUAGUUUGAUCCCACUUGAUUUCAGUGUCUGAAAUAUCUGGGCUAGAAGAAGCUUUAGUCUGAGAUGGCCUUUAGACUGCCAGAUUAAAGUGAUGCCGUCAAGUAGUUCUAAGGCCUGAAUUUAGCAUUAAGAAUUUAAGAGCUUUUACAAAGCCUCAUAUGAAUGGAAAUAUUUUCAAGAAAGACUUUAUUUAAUUAGAGUGAGCAGUUAUGUUCCCAUUGCCCUCUCCUUGUUCUCCUGCCAUCAUCACAAAACAUAUGAGGUUAUUCGUUAAACCUUUCUCGGCAGCAUUGGAAAUCCAUAUACGACUGCGUCUUUCUAGCACACGGAAACCAGGCAGUGAAAUUCGCCUGUCUGGCUUCAUUGUCCAAGCUUGAGGCAGAUUCAAAAGGGAACAGGCUUCGAUGGUGAAAAAUAAAUUUGACUUAGAUUAAUAAAACUAAACAAAUCUUAAAGUGGUGGUGGUAGAGCAGGUAAGAAAUUUCCUUUCUCGUGAGUUUUUAUUUUGACAAUAGCCCUUCUUGUAGUAGGUGAGACUGGUGGUGGUAUCAGUUAGGCUAGGAACUGGGAUGGAGGUGACGGAUGGGAUUGUUAUUUGGGCUUUUGGAAUCUGACUCUCAAAGUUUCUGUCUCUGCCCACGAGUUCAGUAAAAGUUGCUGCUUCCCAGCAAUAGAGCAGUAAGCAAUAAGAGAACACUCCUCUGCAGUCUUGUGUUAUGUUGUAUGUAUUUCUUUUGCUUUCUGUUUGUUCUGACACAUACACAAAUUGGCCAAGCAGCGUCAUGACAAUAGACAGUGUAUGGUGUUGGAGAAAACUCUACUUCCACAAUGGUUAUAAAGUAAAAUCUUGAAUGGGAUUAGAUUUUUUUUUUUAAUGUACUUCAUAAUACUCCAUUCUGCCUUCUUUCUUCCUUUGAUUUAACAUUCUGAUUUCAUGUGUGGUGGUGAACCACAGAGUGCUGGUCACCCUCAGUACUAUUUCACAACAUCUGUGAAACAAAGGGGUGCAUUGCAUAUUUGUGCACUGACCACAACAUAAAGGAAAGCUUUGUUGAUAUUCCUGGACUCCUCUUUAUUUUGUUCCAUGUAUAUUAGAAAUAAAUGUUUAUCUUCAAAAA